UCACGCGGGAGCCCGAGCUAAGCGUCUCCUUUUUAAAAUGAAACUUUAAAACGUUUUACAAGUGUUAAUGGCCUUGUGCUGCGUUAGUUAACGUUUAUUGACUGCUGCAGGCUUUCAAAGUGCCCGGACAACUAAAUGUUGAACGUCAGGGUGUUUCAAGGUGACAUCGGUUUGAUUCGCGUUUUAUGAAAACGUGAGCCGAGGUGUAAAAUAUUAAGCCAUUUGUCCAAAGCUAUUUACAAAUUUGACAACCAAAAGAGUGGGUUCAGUGGUCCCGUGCUAUUUCCCAUUUACUAACCAUUUACGUGCCCAGCUGGAGGCAUCGAUAGCUGUGAUCAGCUACGUGGGAUCAAUGCUCACGUGAGGAUGCGUUGGACUCGGCAGGAGUCUGCAAAGCCUCGCACAUGAUUUGUACAGCCUGUCUUUACACCUUGGUAUUUCAGAAAGUUCAGUGCUUUAAAAAGCACUAAUAGCUCUUUUUUUAUGUUUUUCUCCCUAUGAAAUGUUACAGAAUUAUAUGCUAAUUUCUUUUUUUUUCUUAUUAUUCCCCACCGUGAGAGGCUUUGAAGUAUUAAGCCUUCCAGUGAAGGCCCAUGCAGGAUGCUGGAUAUGGAAUCACUGCGUUCCUAAACACUUCACAGUACUUGUAAUACUGUAAUGAACAUCCAAACAGCAGAGGACUACAUGACCUUGAUAUACCAUUGAAACAGCGCUGGGAAUAUGAACCUUACUGGAGUUACUAGUCCUUUCCAGUGCGGAAGCCUGCGCUUGGAGCCAGAAUGGUAGGGAAGCUAAAGCAUAGAGGUUAAUCUAUGCAGUGACAAGAUGAGGAGUGAAACCCAGCUCUAAUGACUUGGUCUCUUUUUCCAACCACUAGACAACAGUGCAUCCUCCACGCUUGUUAAUUGGUGAUCUCUGCUGCAGAGAAGGUUAGCGGCAUGGGGCUGCUUUGGCUGUAAAUGUCAGGUGCUUCCUCGCUGAGUCGUGCCGCAGGACCACCUGCCUUCCCUUCCUCUAGGAGGGCUCUUCACCCUAAUCGCCUUAGAGGACGAGACUACGGACUUGAUAUGGAAGUCAAAACUUCAUUUAGCAAAGCCGGUAGAGUUCCUGAAACGGUAUCCACAUUAAUUAAUGAAGAUUUUGUCCUGGUUCAUCAGCAGUCAGAGGACUCUUCUGGAAAAGAUGAGAAACCUCAGCUAAAGGUGUUUUCCAAUGGUGAUGAACAGCUGGAGAAGGCAAUGGAAGAGAUCCUGAGGGAUUCUGAAAAAGAGCAGAACAACUCUACUGCUGAGCAGGAAGAUUAUGGUGAUGCCUGCAGCCAGGCGGCUGGAGAUGUGGUGUCAGCAAGUCAGACAAAUCAGCCAUCCCUGCACCUUUUUUUAGACCCUUCUACUUCAGAAAUCUCUGCACCAAGGCCCUCUUCCCCUACUGAACCCCCAGAAGAGGACAGCGUAUUGUUUAACAAACUGACUUAUUUAGGUUGCAUGAAGGUGUCUGCCCCUCGGAAUGAACCAGAAGCAUUACGUGCAAUGGCAGCUAUGAAGUCCUCAAGCCAGGCCCCUGCAUCUGUGACACUUUAUGUUCCAAAUAUUCCAGAAGGCUCUGUAAGGAUAAUAGAUCAAUCAAGCAAUGUGGAGAUAGCCUCUUUUCCAAUCUACAAGGUAUUGUUUUGUGUGCGUGGACAAAAUGGGAGUUCAGAGAGCGACUGUUUUGCAUUUACUGAAAGCAGCUGUGGAACAGAAGAGUUCCAGAUUCAUGUUUUCUCCUGUGAGAUUAAAGAGGCAGUCAGCAGAAUUUUAUAUAGUUUCUCAACAGCAUUCAAACGUUCUUCCAAACAAGCAUCUGAUCAUGUUAAGGACUUUGUUCUUCCUACUCCAGAUAGUGAUGUGUACACUUUCAGUGUUUCCUUAGAAGUCAAAGAAGAUGAUGGAAAAGGAAAUUUUAGCCCUGUGCCAAAGGAUAGAGAGAAAUUUUAUUUCAAACUUAAACAGGGAAUUGAGAAGAAAGUGGUGAUUACGGUCCAGCAACUCUCAAACAAAGAACUGGCCAUUGAGAGAUGCUUUGGGAUGCUACUAAGCCCUGGACGAAAUGUGAAGAACAGUGACAUGUAUUUACUGGACAUGGAAUCCAUGGGAAAGAGUUCUGAUGGGAAGGCUUAUGUAAUUACUGGAAUGUGGAAUCCUAACGUGCCAACAUUCGUAGUACUUAAUGAAGAAACUCCUAAAGAUAAACGUGUAUUCAUGACUGUUGCAGUGGAUAUGGUUGUUACUGAAGUGGUAGAGCCAGUCCGGUUUUUGCUGGAGACUCUUGUGCGUGUGUAUCCUGCUAACGAACGUUUCUGGUAUUUCAGCAGAAAAACCUUCACAGAAACGUUUUACAUGAAGCUAAAACAGUCUGAAGGGAAAAGCCACACAAGCACUGGAGAUGCGAUUUAUGAAGUUGUCAGUCUACAAAGAGAGUCUGCCAGAGAGGAAGAAUUGGCCAGCCCAACAAGUGUAGGAGGACCAAUAUCGUCCCAGGAGGAUGAGGCGGAAGAGGAGAGCGAUAAUGAACUCUCCAGUGGCACUGGUGAUGUGUCUAAGGAUUGUCCGGAGAAGAUCUUGUAUUCCUGGGGAGAAUUACUGGGGAGAUGGCAUAAUAAUCUUCUUGUGAGACCGAAAGGAUUAUCUACGCUGGUGAAGAGUGGUGUUCCAGAAGCGCUGAGGGCAGAGGUUUGGCAGCUGCUGGCAGGAUGCCAUGACAACCAGGCAAUGUUGGAUAAAUAUAGACUUCUCAUCACAAUGGAUUCUGCUCAAGAGAGUGUCAUUACCAGAGAUAUUCAUCGUACGUUUCCAGCACAUGAUUAUUUCAAAGAUACAGAAGGAGACGGUCAGGAAUCUCUAUACAAAAUCUGUAAGGCGUAUUCUGUCUAUGAUGAAGACAUUGGCUAUUGCCAGGGACAGUCUUUCCUUGCAGCUGUGCUACUUCUUCACAUGCCAGAGGAGCAAGCGUUCUGUGUAUUGGUGAAAAUAAUGUAUGACUACGGCUUGAGGGACCUCUACAGAAAUAACUUUGAAGAUCUCCAUUGCAAAUUUUUCCAGCUGGAGAAGUUAAUGCAGGAGCAGUUGCCUGACUUGUAUAGCCAUUUCUCAGACCUGAAUUUGGAAGCUCAUAUGUAUGCAUCCCAGUGGUUUCUCACUCUUUUUACUGCCAAGUUUCCACUCUGCAUGGUCUUCCACAUCAUUGACUUACUACUCUGUGAGGGUCUGAACAUUAUCUUUCAUGUAGCCUUGGCUCUCUUAAAGACCUCAAAAGAGGACCUUUUACAAGCUGAUUUUGAAGGAGCUCUAAAAUUCUUCAGGGUGCAGUUGCCCAAGAGGUACAGAGCCGAGGAGAACGCUCGAAGACUGAUGGAGCAAGCUUGCAACAUUAAGGUGCCAACAAAAAAGCUGAAGAAAUAUGAGCGAGAGUACCAAACAAUGCGAGAAAGCCAGCUGCAACAGGAAGAUCCGAUGGACAGAUACAAGAGGGAGAACCGCAGGCUCCAAGAAGCUAGCAUGAGGCUAGAACAGGAGAACGAUGACCUUGCGCAUGAACUUGUAACAAGCAAAAUCGCCUUACGAAAUGACUUGGACCAGGCUGAAGACAAAGCAGAUGUUCUGAACAAGGAACUUCUGCUGACCAAACAGAAACUAGUGGAGACUGAGGAAGAGAAACGAAAGCAGGAAGAGGAAACUGCUCAGUUGAAGGAGGUCUUCAGGAAGCAGCUAGAGAAGGCAGAAUCUGAGAUUAAGAAAACCACAGCCAUUAUUGCUGAGUACAAACAGAUUUGUUCCCAGCUGAGUACCAGGCUGGAAAAACAGCAGGCAGCCAGUAAAGAUGAGCUGGAAGUUGUGAAGGGUAAAGUGAUGGCCUGCAAACACUGCAGUGAGAUUUUCAGUAAGGAGGGAGCACUGAAGGUGCCUGCUGUAAGCAGGGAGAAUCAAGGAAUAGAAACAGAUGAUGAGAAGGAUGCACUCACAAAGCAGCUGAGAGAGAUGGAGCUGGAACUUGCACAGACCAAACUGCAGCUUGUGGAAGCCAAGUGCAAAAUUCAGGAGCUGGAGCACCAGAGAGGAGCCCUUAUGAAUGAAAUCCAAGCUGCCAAAAACUCUUGGUUUAGCAAAACCCUGAACUCUAUCAAAACCGCCACAGGCACACAGCCACCACAGCAGCCUCAGCCACCUCUGCCACCCAAAGAGAGCAGUACAUAGUUCCAGCCAGACCCCUGAUACAAGAGCACAAAGAACAACAUAAACAAACCCUGGAGGAUUCUUCCAGUGGUCUCUCCUCUUGGGGAACGGACAAAAGGCAGGAGUGCAGGCUUGAAGUGAAAUUCUUCGGUGUUUUUCAUUCAUUCUGAUGUGACCCUUUUCAAAGGGGAAUAAAGAAAAUCCUGUUUUAUGUUGAAUUCCUGUUUCCCAGCUGCCUUGCUGAAAGCCACGUUCUGAUACCUUCAUACUUUUACAAUUUAUUUUAUAUGACUAGAUGUUAAAAUGAAUAAAUAAUUCAAAACUAGGUCUUUAAUACAUGACUAAUUAUUCAGAAUUAUUUUUAUCUUGCAUAAAAGGUUUUUUCUUCUUCUGGAGGAAGAGAGAGAAUGGAGAAUGUAAAGUACUGAAGCAUAAUCUCUUCACAGAAAGCACAGUGUAAUAAGUACUAGUGUGUGUGUGGGUGUCAAGAAUAACUCAUGCCCUAGGACCAUCUCAGAAUUUUAUUGCUGUGACUGUGUCCUGCAGAGAAGCACUUUUUGUAAAGCUUAGGCCAUAGCAAAGAUAGUCUUGUGCUCUCUUGGCACAAUUGUUUGAGCUUCCCUGAUAAUUUCAUAGUUUCAAUUGUUUUUUUUCCUUCAGAAAUGCAAGUAGUGCAAUUCUUUGUAGCACUGAGUAGCACUGCUAUUUAAACGUUAUUUACAGCUGAACUGGAAUUUAACAUAAAAUUAUCUAGUUCCUUUUUUUUUAUUUCAUUUUAUACAAAUUCCAAGAUAUAAUUCCUUCCACUGGGAGAAAGGGAAAACUAUUCAACAUUUAUUUGAUUUUUUUUUUUUUUUGCCAAGAAGCAAGUGCAGACCUUGUAUACAUUUGACUUUUUGUGAAUCCUGUGCAAUAAAGGGUAGGUUUUAUGAAUAAAAUUAAUGACAAAGUUUCCCUGGGUCUAUAUUCAAGUUUUGAAUUUGACACAGAAAUGAGGUAUUAAAUUUAAAAAAAAAAGUUUUUUGCUGCACUGGUGAAUAAAACAUCACAGAAACAAGAUCUGCUUGCUAUAAGUGUUUGGUUAGGAAAUGCCACGUUGGUGUGUUACUUAUUUUUAUAAAUACAAAAAUUUUCAAAUGGAAUAUUACACCUAGACUUUUCCCAUGGGAUAGAUUUCUCUGAUGAUUCCCAAAUCUGUCUGAUUGUUUUGUAUCUCUAAAGUAAGAAAAUUCAAAAGCAUUUGUUUUGACUUAACGAAGAGUGUUUAUAGAAAUACUUAUUUCACGGAAAAUUAAACUAUUGCUUGAACUGAUCGGAAUAUUUUUUUAAUCAUAUCCGACAUGUCUGUAAGAAGGUCUUGCAGGUAAAUAUCAUUGCUGGACAAAAGGUUGUGCAUUAAUUUUUCCAUUUACAAAGUUGUUCCAGGGACAUUACUUCUGUUCUUUUUCUUUUUUUUUUAAUUCUAAGGAAUGCCAUAUCUUGUCAGUUUUGUACAAUAAAAAUUAAUGAUACUCAUCUUGUGCUUUAUUGUCAAGCAUAAUUGUGAAUUUUUUUAAACAGGGUAGUACAAAUUUAAGGUUUGUGUGUGCCAAAUGGAUCAUUCUGAAAGGCAGUCAGCUGUUUGAAGUAGAGAUCAAAAUAUAAUCACUAUUCUGACACAGCUAUCCUGCAACUUGACAAUGCAGAUUCUAUCUUCUAAGAGUAAGGAGUUAAAAUUCCUAGUCUUUAUAAACUUGCUUGCAAGAACAGUGAUUAUAUGCAAAAAGCAGAAGGAUUUUGUUUUGCAACUAAAACAAAGAUCUCUUUCCUUCUCAAGUCAAUUUCUCGCUAAUAAUAUUUGCGUAAAUGUUUCCAUUAUGUGGAAUGUUGCAUUAUUAUUUCACUUAUCAGUACCAUUUCACCCUUGAAAUAAACUAUGUAAUAAAGUGGAAGUGACAUUUAAGAAUA